AUGGAAGAUAUAUUGAAAGAGGCUAUUCAAUUAAAAAUAAAUUCACAAAAAUCUUUUAAUUUAAUUAUAUCUACCUUAGAUAAUACAAUACAAGAACUAAACAAUUUGAAAAUAGAAUUAAAAAAUAAGGUAGAUGUACAAAAUCAAAAUUAUGUAGAAUUCAAUAAUGGAAAUUUUAUUAUUCAAAUAAAUAGUAAUUAUAAUAUAAAUAAUAAAACAAAAUAUAAAAUUGAAAUUUUUUCAAAUUGGACAAAGUCAGAAAUACCAUCUAAAAUUAUAUCUCAAGCUUACAAAAAUUAUUUUUCAGAAUUAUCAAAAUUUGGAAAAUUAAUAGAAAUUAGUUUUAUUGAUGAUAUAGAAAUUGAGGAAUUCUUACAAAAACAUAAUUUAUAUAAUACAAAUAUUGAUGAUAAAUUAUUAGCAGACAUAAUUUCUAUGCACUUUAUACAUUCUGGAUAUUUUGAUUUAAAUGAAGUAUAUUGUAAAGAAUUUAGUAAUUAUAUUAAUAAAAAUAAAGAUAAACAUCAAUUAGUAAAUAAAUGUAUAUAUUCACAAAAUAUUGUACAAGCAUUCAAAAAUCUUACUCAGUAUAUUGAAGAAAUUAAUAAUGGAGAUGUAGAUAAAGCCCUAAUAUGGUUAGAAUCUAUCUUUGAAAAUUUUCAAAAUUACACAAAUUAUAUCAAUAAACAAACAAAUAAUUACUUGGAUAAUAUAGUUAAUGAAUUGGUUAAUACUGAAUAUUUACAAAAAAAAAAAAUUAAAAAUAAUAAUAAAAAUAAACUUAAUCAACUUAAACAAAUUUUACUACAACCUUAUUAUUUAAAAUAUAUUGAACUUCUAUAUGGAUUACAUGAAAUCAAAUUUUGUCAAAUUAUUGAAAAUAAAGAUAUAAAUAAUGCAAUAAAAUAUGCUAAAGAAAAACUUUCUAUUCACUAUAAAUAUAAAUCACAUUCUAUUAAACGUUUGAUAUUAUCAUUAUUAUUUUAUUGUAAAAAUCAAACAUUAACAAAUAAUAUCUUUAAUUUAAAUGAAAAAUAUCCAAAAUUAGAUCAAAUCUUAUCAAAAAAAAAUUAUGAAAAAAUGUCUCAAUUAUUUCGUAUUAUUUAUUCUUCUAUUAUAUUAUUACAAGAUCAAACAAAAUCUACAGAAUCUUUUUAUAAUGAACAUAUCAAUUCUAUAUAUUCAACUAAUAUAAGAAUCCAAGAAUCAAAUAAAAAAAAAAUUAUAAAAUCACCAUAUCUUAAACAAAAUAUAUCAUCUAAUUUAGAUCAAUUAUAUCAUAUGUGGAAUCAAUUACCUUUAAAUUCGCCAUUAACUAUUAUUUUGGCUACUGGUAUUAUUAUUAGUCCUAAAAUACUUGGUUAUAUUAUUACAUCUAAUAAUAAUAAUAUUUUGCCUCCAUUAAGUUUUAUUUUAAAUCAAUCUAGCAAUAUAUAUUCAACAAAUACAAUUCAAACUACAACUACUAUCCUACCAAUUGAAUUUGAUUUAAAUAAAGAAUUUAUAUUUCAUUCAGUACUUAUAUGUACAAUUUCCAAAGAACCUAUGAUAUAUCCUAUAAAUCCUCCAAUUAUGCUUAAUUGUGGACAUGUUAUAUGCUCAAAAUGUUUACAAAAAAUUUCAACAUAUAAAAAUCGAGACUUUUUUAAAUGUCCAAUAUGCCCUAGUAAAAUGUUAUUAAGUGAUACAAAACCAAUUUUUAUUAUAUAA